AUGGCUUCAUCGGCACAGAGCGUGCUUCUCAUUUCCUUGAUUGCCCUUUUAUUGCUUGCUACACCGAGCUAUGCAUUCGGAGCUGGAAAUAUCGCUUCGAUCUCGGCUAUUGAAGGACGGAAUUUCCGUCACGGAGACAUUGAAGAUGCGCUCAAGUUGGUGGCCUGUAUUAAGGGUCACAAAUGGACCUCGAUGAUGAUCAAAAGAGUAUACUUCGGCAACUGGCUGCGCGACUACUCCCAGGCCAUGGAUACGGGCACUCUAUCGAAAGCGCAGCCUGAAACCAUCAGAAUUCUUGUCUGGAUCUUGUCAUUUCUAAGCUUUGGAUAUGCCACUGCAGAGUUUGAGGUCACAGCCGAACGACUUGGUGUGUACAGGCCAGAAGAGCAUAUUGAUAAUCCCAAGAAUUACAACGACGACAAAGAUGCUCGUCAAGUUGAUCCCCGUUUGCGAGGACCCAUCCGUCCAAUUGAGCUCCAGGUCGACCCGCAAACAGGAAUGAAGAAUUACAUUGCCAAUAUGCACGGUGACUGGGCUACCAGCGCUGCAUACGUGAAGUACAGCUUCGAACGUUGUAUGUAUCAUGGAAGACUAUACACCAACGGCCAUGGCAUAUUUAAGGGCAAAGACGAAGAUCUCGCAGAAGCUUUACGAUAUAUGGGACAAGGUCUACACUGCUUGGAGGACUUCGGCGCACAUACGAAUUAUGUCGAACUUGCAUUACGAGAACUUGGCCUGCACAAUGUUUUCCCGCAUACUGGUACAGCUACAGCGAUCAACCUCCGGGGCAAGCAUACAUUUCCAUUGGUGACUGGAACUUUCGGCAUGGUCGAUUUCUUCCACUCGGUUCUCGGAGAAGCUACUGAUCAUUUCACACAAAGCGAGAUCAAUGAGAUGGAUAAUGCCCUUUGCAGUGCACAAUCGUCCUCUCAGUCAUCCAAUCCGCUGAACUCAUUGACCGGCCUUCUCUCUAAAAUUCCCGGAACCAAAGAUCUGUGUACUGAGGCGGAGAGGUUGCAAGCUUCCUCACAAGCUCAAGCACGCGCCUCAGGACCAAGUAGUAGCACGCGUGGUGUGGGUGACUUCAAUCAGCAACCUGGCCGGCAUGACGCCAACGCUGCCUACCAGCAGGGCUACAAUCAGCACCCACAUUGGAAUCAACAGCCAUCUCAACCUCAGUGGGGUCAACAACAGCAACAACAGCCAGGUGCAUGGAAUCAGCCGCCAUCACAUCAAUCUCAGUGGGAGCAGCAACAUCACCAACCACAAUGGGGUCAGCAACAACCUCAAUGGCACCAAGAACAACACAGCCAACCUCCAUUCACCAACCAGCAAGCUCCACCCCACGCUGCACCUCCGCAGCAAAGCGCCCAGAGACCCGGCCUCCCAGGAAUGCCAAACUUCGACCCCUCAAAAACCGUGCAACAGAUCUACCCAAUCCUCGUCUUCCGCGACAAAGUCGUCCGCUCUAUCAGUGCUAUCAUAAGCAAGAUCCCCGGCCUCGAAGCCCUUGUAGAUAAGAUCACCGAAACACUAACCGUCUUCAUCUUAUCACUGCUCGCCCCCUUCAUCCGGCCCAUCAUCAAUGGCCUAACCACCCAACUUCAGGCAGGGAGCAGCGCCGUGGUAGACUCCAGCGGAAAACACCAGUACGAACCCUGGACCGACCCGCACUGCACGGACCCAACCCACUCGAUGCUGAGCAAAGACCACUUCAGCAAUAUCCUCAACGAGCCGGCGGGCCAGGUCGCUAGCGAGAUCCUGAAGUUCGUCGCGCCCCGCGUAAUGUACGCAUGGGAUCACCCCAACGUCCCGGUGCAGCAAGUGCUAGACGACUGCAUGAAAGUCUUCCACCACCCUGCAGCACGAGACCAUCAGUGCGAGGUGCAUAGAAACAUGUUCGACGCCGUCCAGAAAUGGGCCAGUCGCCGUCCGGGCGGGGGUCGUGAUCUAGACGACAUCCUCUCUUCGGAGAGUGUGCGGGCCGGGAGGAAUCACAAGGAUGGUGGUCAGACAGGUGGUGCUGGUGGGCAUUCUCAUGGCGCUCCUGGCGCUAAACCUGUGCAGCACUCUAUUGGCGGGAUGAGUGCCGGGUUUCCUGGUCAGCACCAGCAGCAGCAGCAGCAUCAUCAUCAUUCCCAGAGUGGUAGCGUUGGUGGUGGAUACUCGCCCCAACCACAACACUCACACCACCAAUCCGCAGGUAGUGGAGGUGGCGGGGGCUUCAAUCCACUCGCCCAACUCUCCCACGUCCCCGGCAUGUCGGGCCCACGGCGGCGGUGGCGGGAGGAGAGGGCUGGAUGA